AUGGUCAUGGUUGAGAAACACUGGUUUACACUAAACAAACGAUUUUUUAACUCAGUUCAAAUCAUAUGAAACAGAUAAUACACAUAUGGUUUUCUUCAGAGAAGGUAGAUGGGAUUGGCGUCAAAGAAUACUUCUUAUGCACACCUGUAAAAAUAAUGAGAUUUUGAAUUUUAGAAAAAUAUAUUAUAAAAUGGUGACACCAUAUUUUCUCUAAAAGACAAAAAAAGAGAAAAAGGAAAAUAAAAUGUAAAACCACAUUUUCCCUUGUAAAAGGGAAUGUUCCUGGUUAGUAAGGGAAGAAGGGUAGAUCUUGUAUCCUGAUGAGGAAACAAUGUCUUACUUUAUUUGUUCUUCUAGUUUCUGGGAGUUGAUAUUAUUUUGACCUUCUGGGUAUUCAUAGAAGUGCAACCCAAUCCUAGAUCCGCAAUAUUUGUGAGAAAAAAAAACCCACAAAUAGUCUCCCUGAUAUGAUUAGUUAAUGGUUAUUAUUAUUAAACUCCAGAGUAAUUUAAGGAAAUUAUUGGAUAGUAUUGGAUGCUAACCUUUGGACAUAAUAAAUGCAAAAAAAGAUAUGUCAGAUAGCAAAAGUAAUUUAAUUAGAUAUUGAAAUUCUACACUGCCAAUUUCACCUGAGUCACUCGGGGUCAUUUACAAUAAAAAUACAGUGUUAAUACCUAGAAAAAUGAGGAAAUGGUUUACAUAACAAUUUUAUUGUUAGCUUCUGUAUUCUUAUCAACCUUGAUAUUUCCUUCUGAAGAGUUGAAAGGACUACCUGAAAGGCUGAAUUAUUGAUUGAUUUGUUUGUUGUGUAUCAACAUAAAGUUCCCAAGAUUCUCAUGGUGUCUCCUCUUAUCUGUCAAGGUCAUAUUCUUAUUCCUCCUCCAAGAUUCCUUGACAACAAACAAACAAGCAUAAAAUGAGGAAGGCAUGGUGAAAGCAGGAAGAAAUCAGCUGCAAAAGCCAAACUGCUGAACUGAGGUUUUGUGGUUCAGACAUUGCCUGAAAAGCUAUGAACAACAGGCUGCUCCUGGUCAUUGCUUUUCUUCUCUGCCCAAGCUGCUCUUCUCAAAAUGAAGGAGGAACAAAUUGUAAUGGUCCACCCAGGAUUGAGAAUGGGGAUAUUAUUACUUUAUCUGAGAAGCAGUACAGAUCUGGCUCUUCAGUAGAAUUCAGAUGCCAAAGGUUUUAUGCCAUGGAAGGCCAGAAAAUAUCUUUCUGUGACAAUGGGAUCUGGACAAAAGUGCCCAUUUGCCUCGAUCCCUGUAUGAUUCCCACGGCUGAACUGGAAAGGCAGAAGAUAGAAGUUAAAGAUGGAAUGGAUGCCUCUGAAAAUAUAUUUGUUCAACGUGGACAUUCUAUAGAGUUGAUCUGUAGAACAGGAUAUGUCCUUGCAGCAGAUUCUUCCCAGUCAGCUUCUAUAAUCCAUUGUGAUGGGACAACCCCUUUGAUUCCUAAAUGCAAAGAAACUAUAUGCAACUCUCCAAGAAUAUCGAAUGGCUCUUUCCGACCUAAAAGAAGUAUAUACCGUGACGGGGAUCUAAUUCAAAUUCAGUGUAACAGUGGAUUUACCUUUGAACCAGAUAAUAGAGGACAGGUGGUUGAAUGCACAAAAAAUGGGUGGUCACCUCCAUCAAAAUGUGUCUUAGAAAUAACUUGCCAGGCAAACCCCAUUGAACAUGGAACCAUAUUAUCUCCAAAGUCCAUUUACAAGGAAGGUGAGAGAAUACAAUUCUCAUGUAAUGAAGGAUACAGAUACGUUGACAGACCAGAUGCCUUAUGUACUAAGAAUGGAUGGAGUGCAAAACCUCAAUGUACAUAAAUGCAAUGUCCUCCUCCAGAAGUGACAAAAGGCCACAUUGAACCUAAACGAUCGCAAUAUAUGUACAACGAUACAGUUGAGAUAACCUGUUAUAAACAGGUGUUUUUUACAAGAGUCACAAGAAAGUACAUUUCUAAAUGUACUGCUAAUGGUUGGAACCCCCCUGCUCUCUGUAAAGAUAACCUGCCACUUGGAUUGCUUUUGACCAUGAGCUACAAGUCUUCUGAAAGCCUCAUGUGACAGGAAGAAGAGUCUACCAGUGGUCUGUAAGACUAGUAAAUGCCCAUCCAAAAAAUAACCAAUUUGAUAAAUCUCUGGAAGGAAUAAAUAGCUGAGAUGGUGCAGUGGUUAGAAUGCACUACUGCAGCUACUUCUGCAGACGGGCAAGUUGGGGACAAUGCUGUGUAUUCAUACUCUCAACCAACUGUUAGGGGAGGCCUCUUUGCUUCAAGAGAAACAGUAAAUGUAGAUGAGCCUAUAGGAACACGCACAGUGAAAUUUGCUAGCACAUGAACAGACCUACUUUUUUGCAUGGCACAUGAGUAGAAUGAUUGCAACAUUAGGAGCAGAAUCACAAGUUGAGGAUCAUAACUUUGAUUAUUACUGAAAAGGCAGGCAGAAGGGCUGAACACCCCCCCAAAAAAAGUUGAAUGGAAGAGGUUGCAGGAAUGAAAUGAUUAGUUAUAAAGAGGGAAAGGAAAAGACAGUAAAUGUUUCAUGUGAAGUCAGUAAAUACAAUACAAGGCGUCACUGUGCAGAAGCCAUGUUGUUACAGAGAGAGGGAGCAUACAACAGGAACCAGAAAUGCAUCACAGAAACAAUAAAAUGAAAUACAGAGUAGCAAAGUGAUGUAGGAAACAAAUACAACAGAGAUGAAUGAUAGAGCUGCAUAUAAGGGAAACUUAACAUCCAUAACAGUAAACGUUAGAACUCAAUCUCAGUCUAGAAUAAUAGAAACAGAAGGAUCUCAUGCCCUGGUUGGUUUACAGGUCCUUGAGAAACACAAAGAGCACACUCCAAUCUCUAUAAAGGUUGUCAAAAGCCACAAAACUAUGUGAUCCAGAAAUUGUUAAUGGUGACUUAUCCAAAGGUGAUAAUUGGGAAAUUAAAGAUGUGGUAUAAUUAGCAAUUCUGAUGCUAAAAUGGUUUUCUACAAAAAUUAAACUUUAAAAUAAAAUAACCUUAAAGAGGCUACAAUCAAAUAAAAAAUAAAUUAGCCAGAAGGUGACCCCGUAGUUGACCUUUGGCAGCAUUUUCCUAAAAUGCUCCAAAUUUCCUGUUUAACCACCACUGAACACAAAAUCUGUAACUCGUGAGGAGUUCACAUGUCUUUUCAAAAACACCGAAUUCUGAACUAUUUUGUUAUGCUAAAUCACAAUGAGAUAUGAUAUAUGAUAUUAUGACAAUAUCCUUAUCUGAAUGAAUUGUUUAGAAAAAGAUACUCUGGGUUUUUGGUGUGUGUGUUUGUGUGCGUGUGCGUGUGUGUGUGUGUGUGUGUGUGUGAAUCUGCUUAGAUUUGUAUCCUGAUUCAAUAUCCAGCUAUUGUAUCAAGUUACCUAACAUGUUGCAUGGAAAAAAGGGAAUGUAAAUCUUUCUGGUCCUAGCGCAUAGAUGUAGUAUGCAUUAUGGGAGCUCCCCCAAAUGGCUGGCAAUUUUGGUGAAAAAAAAGUAAAAUUCCAGAGAAAAUAUUGAUCUCUGGGCAUAACAGCAGUUCUGAAAUUCUCUCUGUUGAAAAUCUCCUCAAAGAUAUUAGUGAGAUUUUAUAUUCCCAUCAGAAAUCACAAGAUCUUGCUCUACACACAAUUCUUAAUUCCUAAGCUAGCUAUAUACUCUGACCAGCACAAUAGUACUACUUUAUCUAAUGAUACCACUUUAUCUGAACAGCAAAGUUUCAUGAUCUUAAGCUUAGAAUUGGAAAGAUGCACCAAUUUUCCUGAUGAGACAAUCAAAUAAUUUUCAAUGGAAAGAUUCAUUUGUUAAAGUAUUAGCUGAUGAAAAUGUUUUCUUGUAGGACCAAAGCAAUAUAAAUUAAUCCUUAGCUUAUGCAAUUUAUGCAGCUUUUGCAGUUCCUUGAAUAACAAGUGAAGAAGAUUUGAGAUGCAACAAUAUUAACAGCUGAGGUGAAAGGAAUGGGAUAAAAUAUAUUGUGGAGAUGGAAAUAAAGUUGAAUUUCGAUGUAAAAGAAUUACUUGCAUAAAUGGAAAAAGCAACUAUCCAUAUUGCAUUAAUAUAUGUAUACUUUACCCUUCUCUCCUUGUUUUCUUUCCACCUUUUAUUACCAGCAUGAAAAUAAAAUAUUUGUUCAAUGAA